AUGCCGAGGAGCUGAGGAUGCCGUGGGAUGCUCCGAGGAGUCUCAUGGAAUUCUGGAAAGGAGCUGGAGUGGCCCUGGCUGCAUCCCGGGAUUUUUGAGGAGCCAGCAGCUCCCGUGUGCCCACCCAGGUUCUCCCACAUGAUCCAAGACAAGGCGCUCCGCACAUCCUGGGCACGGAAAAUGAAGGAGAGGCAGGAGAAGAAGCUGGUCCAGGAUCUGGCACGGCAGCUGGAGGAAGCAAAGCAGAGGGAGAAGGAGGAAAAGAAGCGGCGGCGGGAGGAAAACCUGAAGCGGCGCCUGGAAAACGAGCGGAAAGCCGAGAUUGUCCAAGUGAUCCGGAACCCCCUGAAGCUCAAGAGGGCCAAGAAGAAGCAGCUGAGGCGGGUGGAAAAGCGGGAUACGCUGGCCCUGCUCCAGAAGACGCCCGUGAGGCGCAGCACGGCCACAGAAUGAGGCGGGAAUCGGGAUACUGCCGCGCCCUGGCCGUGCAGCCCGGAUUCCUAUGGAUCCUGCUCCUUUCCAGGGGUUUUUCCUCAGCUUGCCAGGCAGGAAUCGCUGCCAGGACCCUCAGUGUUGGACAAACAGCAGGACAGAGCUGAGGGGGUGGAUUCCACAGGAACCAGCUGCUGGAUCCCUCAAUCCCUGUGGAAUCAGGGCGUGGCCAGUGCCAGAGGCUGGAACAGAACUUUGCUCUCCCAAAUUUACCUUUUCUUUAUAAAAAUGAAUAGGAACUGAGACAGA